AUGUGCAAUGUUUCAAUUAACUCAAUUAUCUUGGUUGGUGGAUUUGCUGAAUCAAGUUAUGUAAUGCAAUAUAUGAGAGAAAGUCUCCGAUCUCACAAUAUUCCUGUAGUGAGGCCGCACUUACCAGAAUUAGCCGUAUUGAAUGGUGCUGUUCUGUUCGGUCAGAAUGAAAAGAUUGUAAAGUCAAUAAUUUUGAGGCAUUCUUAUGGAAUUGCAAUGACAAUGGAAUUUGUUCCAAACAAACACAAGGAGGACGAGAAAUAUGAAUUAGAUAAUAUGAUAAUGGCAAACAAUGUAUUUAGAAAGCAUGCCACUAUCGGGCAAACUGUUCCAAUUAAUGAAUGGAUUUGUUCAAAGGAAUAUUACCCAGAAAAUGAGAGAGACAGAAAAACUACUUUUUUUAUUUUCACAUCUGAUUCCGUAGAUCCUGUUCAUACAACAGAAAAGGGUUGUAAAUAUAUAGGCCAGGUUGUUGUAGAUUUCGGAUAUAACAGUGAUUCUACUAUGAGGAAGGCAGUGAAAUUGGAGUUCAAAUUUGGGGCGACAGAGCUCAAAGUUAGAGCCGUUACUUCGACCUCCAGCAAACAACACGUCAGCUAUUUUAAAUUACAAUGA